AACCCUAAGCACAGACCCUCGACAGACACUGCACAGAUCGAUUCUCCCUCUCAACUUCUGUCUGAUCGCUCACUCUCUCCCUCUCUGAAUCCCUGAUUCUCUAUACGUUUUCUGUUUGUUCAUUUCCUUGCGGGACGGGAAAGCUGCAGCUAUGGAAGAGGACCAGCCGCGAGUCGCCAGCAGGCGGCGGAGCAGAGGGGCCGAUGCCACAGCCCGUUCAGAGGCCCUGCAGCGCUUGAAGGCCCUCCGCACAGGUGGCCGCCGGUCGGAGUCCACUGGGUUCCAGCUCAAGAUGGAGAACCCCAUCUACGACACGGUUGAGGAGGAAGAGUACGACAAGCUCGUGGCCAAGCGCCGGGAGGAGUUCCGGAGCUUUAUUGUGGACGACGACGGCGUCCUGGGCUAUGCUGACGACGGAGAGGAAGAGGACUGGACGAAGGCCGGUCCGAAUUUUUCUUCCGAGGAAGAGUCAGAUGGGGAGAGGCCCAAGAAGAAGAAAGCGGAAAAGAAGGAUCCGGUAGUUAAGAAGCCAGCUGCUUCCUGUCUAUCUGCUGCAGCAGCUUUAAUGGGAAAGCAGAGGCUGUCGUCAAUGUUCACGUCCUCAGUUUUCAAGAAGAAUGGUGUUGAUAAGGUCAAGGGGUUGUCUUGUGACAGCAUCGUUGAUGAUGUAAUUGCUGAGUUUGCGCCCGAUGAAGCCGAUAGAGAACGGCGGCGGAGAGUCCAUGCGACUGGGAGGAUUUAUCCACCGAGUAGUAAUGUUAAAAUUGAGAAAGAAACUUUUGAUUCUCCAAAUGAGAUUGGAAAUGGUGAUUCUUUGCUGGGGUCAACAGAAUCGAGUGAUGGAGGUGUCGUGGAUAAACUGAUUACAGAGGAGGCAUCUGAUGCAGGGAAAGAAUCCCGGGAUGAAGUGCCCCACGAACCAGUUACCACAUUAGAAAAAUGUGAUAUUGCGAAAGUAAUUGAGGAUAAGGAGUUGAAUGUUGCUGAAGUGAAAGCAGAAGCGCAGGUUAAGGAGGAGGUUCGUAGUCUCAAUGCAAAGAUCACAGAAGAGAAGGAUCCAUCAUUGAGUGCUACUGCUGGAUGGAAGAAAGUAAUUAGUGGGGAGAACGGCAACAUCGCUGGUGCUGCUGAUGAGACUAAAUCCCCUGCAAGUGGAGAGGAGAAAUCGGAUUUUGAGCUGGACUCUGAAGGUUCUCUACCUUUUUAUAUCAUGGAUGCUCAUGAGGAGAUAUACGGUGCAAAUAUGGGCAACCUUUAUCUAUUUGGGAAGGUUAAAGCUGGAAGCACAUAUCAUAGCUGCUGUAUCAUUGUAAAGAAAAUGCAGAGAUGUGUUUAUGCCAUUCCCAGUGGCUUGCUUUUUGAUUCUCAUGAGAUGAUGAAGCUUGAAAAUGACGUGGAAGCAUCUCGGAUUACUGCUGCAGAUUUCCGAGCAAGACUCCAAAAUAUGGCAUCGGGAAUAAAGAGUGAAGUGGCAAAACAUUUGGUGGAUUUCAAUGUCUCAACUUUUAGCAUGGCGCCUGUGAAGAGGAAAUAUGCAUUUGAGCGAUCGGACAUACCUGUUGGUGAUAAUUAUGUUCUCAAGAUCAAUUACCCUUUUAAGGACCCUCCAUUACCUGCAGAUCUUAAGGGGGAAACUUUUUGUGCUUUACUUGGAACUCAUUGCAGUGCCUUGGAACUUUUUCUCAUUAAAAGAAAGAUUAAGGGACCUUCCUGGCUGUCAAUUUCCAACUUUUCUACCUGUCCAGCUCCUCAAAGGGUGAGCUGGUGCAAGUUUGAGGUUACAAUCGACUCUCCCAAAGACAUAAAGAUCGCGGUCUCAUCGAAACAUGCCAUAGAAAUCCCUCCUGUGGUUGUUACUGCAAUAAACUUGAAAACUAUCAGCAACGAGAAACAUAAUGUGAAUGAAAUUGUUUCCGCUUCUAUCAUCUGUUGUCAGAAGGCCAAGAUUGAUACUCCCAUGUUGGCAUCAGAGUGGAAGAGACCUGGCACGCUCAGCCACUUCACUGUUGUUCGUAAGCUUGAUGGAGGUAUAUUUCCAAUGGGAUUUACUAAGGAGGCUGAUGAUAUAAACUCGAAGACAGGAUCAUAUGUCAUAGGAUACGAAAGCAGUGAAAGGGCACUUCUAAACCGUCUAAUGAUUGAAUUAUACAAGCUGGACAGUGAUGUUCUUGUUGGACAUAACAUAUCUGGGUUUGACCUGGAUGUCCUACUUCAUAGAGCUCAGGCUUGCAAAGUUCCCAGCAGCAUGUGGUCGAAGAUAGGUCGCCUCAAGCGAUUGGUGAUGCCUAAGCUCACAAAAGGAAGCACAAUCUUUGGGUCUGGGGCAAGCCCAGGAAUAAUGUCUUGCCUUGCUGGUCGGCUUCUAUGUGAUACGUACCUAUGUUCUCGUGACCUAUUGAAAGAGGUCAGUUACUCAUUGACACAACUUGCAAAGACUCAACUAAACAAGGAUCGGAAGGAGAUCACUCCUCAUGACAUUCCCAGAAUGUUUCAGACUUCAGGAUCCCUCAAGGAACUCAUCGAAUAUGGUGAGACAGAUGCAUGGUUGUCAAUGGAACUUAUGUUCCAUCUGAGCAUUCUUCCCCUCACACGUCAGCUGACUAAUAUCAGCGGUAACCUUUGGGGAAAGACUCUGCAAGGUGCCAGGGCGCAGAGAGUGGAAUAUCUUCUGUUGAAUGCAUUCCAUGCCAAGAAAUAUAUCGUUCCUGACAAGUUUUCAACUCAUUCAAAGGAUAAUAAAUUGACGAAACGACGACUAAAUAAUGUUGUUGAAGAACAAAAUGAUGAUGGAUUAGAUAUUGAUGAACCCCAAAAUAAUGAGCAGGGUAAGGGCAAAAAGGGUCCUGCAUACUCGGGUGGAUUGGUGCUGGAGCCGAAAAGAGGUCUAUAUGACAAGUAUAUAUUGCUUCUGGACUUCAAUAGUCUUUAUCCAUCCAUCAUUCAGGAAUAUAAUAUCUGCUUCACAACAGUGAAGAGACCAACAGAUGGAUCAAUUCCUCGCUUGCCGUCUAGUGAAACAACUGGGGUGUUACCCGAAUUGCUGAAAAAUUUGGUCGAAAGGAGGAGAAUGGUCAAGAAAUGGAUGAAAUCUGCAACUGGUUUGAAGGUCCAACAACUUGACAUUCAGCAGCAAGCGCUGAAGCUGACAGCAAAUAGCAUGUAUGGCUGCUUGGGGUUCUCUAAUUCAAGAUUUUAUGCAAAGCCACUUGCUGAGCUUAUAACAUCACAGGGAAGGGAAAUACUGCAAAGUACUGUUGAUCUUGUGCAGAGCAAUCUGAACUUAGAGGUAAUCUAUGGUGACACAGAUUCCAUUAUGAUUUAUAGUGGACUAGAUGACAUUGCAAAAGCAAAAGGAAUUGCUGGGAAAGUUAUUCAAGAGGUUAACAAGAAGUAUAGGUGUUUAGAAAUUGACCUUGAUGGCUUGUACAAGAGAAUGCUGCUUCUUAAGAAAAAGAAAUAUGCAGCUGUCAAAGUGCAGUUCAAAGAUGGAACACCAUAUGAGGUCAUUGAACGGAAGGGCCUUGAUAUGGUUCGACGUGACUGGAGUUUACUGUCAAAGGAAUUGGGUGAUUUCUGCCUGAGCCAGAUCCUUUCAGGAGGGUCAUGUGAGGAUGUCAUUGAAUCGAUACAUGAUGCUCUUAUCAAGGUGCAGGAGGAAAUGAGAAAUGGAGAGGUAUCACUUGAGAAAUAUAUCAUCACGAAGACAUUAACUAAACCACCCGAGGCAUACCCCGAUGCCAAAAAUCAACCACAUGUUCAAGUAGCACAGAGACUGAAGCUAAGUGGGUAUUCUACAGGUUGGUCAGUUGGUGAUACUGUCCCUUAUAUUAUUUGCCGUGAGCAGGGUGCAGAACUUAAUAGUUCAUCUGGGAUUGCUCAGCGUGCAAGGCAUCCUGAUGAACUGAAAAAGGAUGAAGGGAGAUGGUUGGUUGACAUUGACUACUACUUGUCCCAACAGAUACUUCCCGUUGUAUCUCGCUUGUGUGCCUCAAUUCAGGGUACGAGCCCGGAACGCAUAGCUGAUUGUCUGGGCCUCGACUCAUCCAAGUACCGAAGUAAAUCAGGUGAAUCUUCCGUCUAUGAUCAGUCCACCCCACCCUUGUUCGCUGGGGAUGAUGAAGAGAGGUUUCAAGAUUGUAAGCCCUUGACCUUGUCAUGCCCAAGCUGCUCCAGCACUUUCGAUUGCCCUGCUAUCUGCGGUUCCAUUUGUAAAUCCAUCAGUGAGAAAUCAAAUGUAGCUGAAGGAGAGGAGCCUUCAUAUGGUAUCUGGAGCAAAUUGCAUUGCCUUAAAUGCCCAUCAGAAGGUGAUCUGGGUAGAUUUACUCCUGGAAUGAUAGCUAACCAGGUCAAAAGACAAGUUGACGGAUUCAUUUCGACAUACUACAAGGGCUUGUUGACGUGUGACGACGAGACCUGCAAGCACACGACACGCAGUCUGAACUUGAGACUGAUAGGAGAUGCCGAGAGGGGAACUGUUUGCCCAGAAUACCCUCGAUGCAACGGUCGUCUUGUCAGAAAGUACUCGGAAGCAGAUCUCUAUAGGCAGCUCACAUACUUCUGCCAUGUCUUGGACACUGUGCGCUGCAUCGAUAAGGUUGAUAAUACCAUUAGACCUCAAGUCGAGAGAGAACUGGCUCGAGUUAGGCCCAUGGUGGAAACGGCUGCAUCUACAGUGCAGCGCAUCCAAAACCGGUGUGCUUUCGGUUGGGUCCAAAUGAUGGAACUUAUCAUCAUCUGAGAGUCCGUUCAGUGGUCCUAGCCGCUCAACUUAUUUUAACAUCUCUGAUUAUAAAUUUGUAAAUAUAUGGAUUUUAUAGUUGAUGAUCUCUUGUUCAAAUGAAAUGAUAUUCAACGAAGCCAUAGUCCUUGCAUAAUGUAGUUUUCUACUGUGUCUGCCGUUUCAUCAAUGUAGAUCUUUGUCUUGUUAGCUUGAAAGUGUGUCGCAACAAAAUGAGAACGUUCUUGACGGGAAUUUGAUGAUGAUUCUCGCAAGUUUUCAUGAUUAUCAUGUGAAUCUGGUA